AUGGAUGACGGCAGGGGCUUAUCAAAAACGUGGGAUACCUGCCAAGAGGUCCCCAUGAUUGAAGAUGAACAGACGCCAUGGAAGAUGAUUAAACUGCUAAAAUUUAUUUGUGUCUGCCUGGUGGCUGUGAUUGUGUUUGGGUUGGCUCUCUGCAGCAAGACGUCUUUUCUCCUCCUCAUCACAUUGUCCAAUGAAGGCACCAGGAUCGUCCCAGAUGAGCAGAAACCUGUCGCUCUGCUGUGUGCCGGCUGCGCUCUAAUCGCUUCCAGUGUGCUUCUCUUACUAAAGAGCCUCUGGAAGGCGUGCUACAAGUCCUCGAAGCUACCAGCCAAAAAAACUGUUGCAUUGGUUCUGUUCUUUGAGCUCCUGGUGGCAAUGGGUGCAGCGAUUCUCACCAUUGUGGCAAUGCCUCACUUGGACAUUGUGACCAACGUGACGAUACUAAACGGUGUAGCCGUCACUCCUGCGCUCCUACAGGUGAUCUGUCAGUGCACUGCCAAAGAAAGAAACCGCUUCCUCGUGCCGUCCAUCACUGCCUUCCUCCUGCUUUUGCUCGGUUACGUCCUGUUCCUCUUUCUGUACAUCACAAAGGAUCCUACUGAUACCAAGAUGGCCAUUUGGGUGGGUCUGGCUGUUGGCGGGUGCUUCCUGGUGUCUUUCAACUGGUGGGAGAGCUACUUCAGACUGAUCAGCGAGAACAGCGGCUCUGUUUUCCUCAAAAAGCUGUGUAAGGACAUGUCAAAGUGCCAGAACGUGCUGCACAUCCUCUCCAGCCUGCUCAGGAUCCUGGUGACUGCAGGUGUGCUCGGAGCCUACGUCCCUUUGGACAAAAUGGACUGGGACAUUGUGACAUCCAUCCCAAGGCGUGAGACAAAAAUUAUAGCCAUCAUUAUUGGGGUCCAGCUGAUCUCCUCUGCAUUUUGUCACUGGUUUGCACAGGCAGCCUGCAAGAUGCACGUCCUGCGACAUGGCUUCAUCCUGCCUCUGUACUUGGCCUCUCUGGCUGUCAUGGUUCUGUUCAUCGUCCCUGUUAUUGUUUACUAUCAAGACUACAGAAUAAGUCUGAACGGGACUGAAAGCACCAACUUCACAAGUUACUGCAGUGUAGUUGUAGAUGGAAGAAACCCAAGCUUGGAUGGCAGUGUGUUCCCUGAACUGGUUUUGGAUGUCACACACACUCUGUGCUUCCUGGACAUGUCAAGGAUAACUGACAUUGGCAUACUGACAGGCCAGGCCGUGUCGUGGUGGCUCGGUCUUGUGUUGGCCACGCUCCACCUCUGGAACCUCAGUCUGUAUCGCAUCCAGAGGACUCAAGACCUGUUCAUCAGGAGGCUAUAUGAAGGAGGAUUCAUAGAGCAGUCACUGCUGCUGAACACUCGAUUUGACAUCCAGAGAACUGCAAAGCGAAAGCAAUUCAAACCACUAGACCCAGUGAGGGUGUUCCUUUGUGCCACCAUGUGGCAUGAAACCUACGAAGAGAUGAUGAAGAUAAUCAUUUCAAUAUUUCGAUUGGACAAGUACAGAACGAAGACAGAAGGGGAAACAAACGAUGUGAACUUCGAAGCCCAUAUCUACUUUGAUGACGCCUUCAGAGAUGUUCCCCGUAGUGAGGGGCGCCACGUCAACGAAUAUGCAGAGAUGCUUGUAGGAAUCAUCAGAGAAGUUUAUGGUAUCUUUGUAAACAUGGAUAAUGGCCUGUUCAAAAAGCAGCAGCAGAUCCCAGAUCAGACGAUCAUCAGGACGCCGUAUGGAGGGCGUCUGGUGGUCACCAUGCCUCUUGGAAACAGUUUGGUGGUUCACUUCAAGGACAAGCAACUCAUUCGCCACAAGAAGAGAUGGUCUCAGGUCAUGUACUUGUACUAUCUCCUGGGCUGGAAAGUUGCGACCAAGUAUUUCAAACGAUGGGGGAAAGGAGUGGACGAGGUUGAGCUGAAAAGAGAGUUUCAGGUGAGAUGAGAGAAAAAAAAUGACAAAAAAGCCACACACAACACCUACCUCCUGGCUUUAGAUGGCGACACAGACUUCCAGCCUGCUGCUGUGAUGCUGCUCGUCGAUCGUCUGAAACUGUACCCACGUGUUGGGGCAGCGUGUGGCAGAAUUCAUCCCACCGGAUCAGGUCCCAUGGUGUGGUACCAGAAGUUUGAAUACGCUGUGGGCCACUGGCUUCACAAGACAGCAGAGCAUGUGUUUGGGUGUGUGCUGUGCAGCCCGGGCUGCUUUAGUCUGUUCAGAGCAGCGGCGCUGAUGGACGACAACGUGAUGAAAAAAUACACCAUCAUGGCCUCAAAGGCUCAACACUACAUCCAGUAUGACCAAGGUGAGGACCGCUGGCUGUGUACUCUGCUGCUGAAGCAGGGAUGGAGAGUGGAGUACAACGCGGCCUCUGACGCCUACACAAAUGCCCCAGAGGAGUUCAAAGAAUUUUACAACCAGCGUCGGCGAUGGGGACCGUCCACCAUGGCCAACAUUGCGGACUUGCUGGGGUCUACCAACCUUAUUUCCAAAAGGAACCCAUCCAUGUCCAAACCCUACAUGUUCUACCAGUUAUUCAACUUGGGCUCGUCCAUACUGGCACCUUCCACCGUCGUCCUUAUGAUUGCAGGUAGUUUUACGAUACUGCUUGACAUUCACCCCAACAGCGCUCUCAUCAUGGCUGUAAUACCUCCUGCUGUCUUCCUCGGCAUCAGCUUCAAGACAAAGUCUGAUACUCAGAUUCGUAUUGCAGAAAUCAUGAGCGUCUUCUACGCUUUCCUCAUGAUGAUCGCAGCGCUUGUCAUAAUAGGGAACAUGGUGAAGGACAAAACCAUCCUGACUCCAAGCAGCAUCUUCAUCAUCGCGCUUGCCGGGUUCUACCUCAUCACUGCACUCAUGCAUCCUCAGGAGGUUGGCCUGGUGGUCUACGGUUUGCUUUACAUUAUCUGCAUCCCCAGCGCCUACUUGCUUCUGGCAAUUUACUCCAUGGUUAACAUGAACAACGUGUCCUGGGGAACCAGGGAGACGUCUGCCGCUGGGACCACAAAGCCUGCAGCUGCUAUUCCACAAACCAAAGCCCAGAAAGUCAAAAGCACCUUCACACAGUUCUUCUCGCAAGCCAAAUGCUGCAGAAAACUCUGUCAGAGGGAAAGCCCAAAUCAAGAGCUCAUCAUCAGCCGGGAGAACCUGAACGUGGAGGCAGCAGAGCAUGAAUCUCAACCCCAAAACACUAUUGUGGAGGAUGUGAUCCCUGUGGAGGUAAAAAGACGAGAGGAACCUGAUUAUACCCGUCCUCACCAGAAUUGGGUCGAACAACUGCAAAGUUUGUCGGAUGACAUGCGCCUGCAGGAGGAUACACUCGACCAGGAUGAGGAGCAGUUCUUUAGAGAGCUGACAGCUAGAUACCUGGAGCCAAUUCCUGUGGACAAAAAGAAACAGGAAAUAAUGGCUGAUAACCUCAAAGAGUUAAGAAACAAGAUUACCUUCGUCUACUUCAUUUGCAACGCCCUCUGGCUCAUAGCAACCUUCACUCUCCAGCAUUCAGUCACGUCCGUCUUUAUCCAGGUGCCAAAGGUCGACAUCAACCUGGAGUUCACCGGAGAGUACAUGCACAUUGACCCCUUGGGUCUGAUGUUCAUCCUGGGCUUUGCUUUGCUGGUUGUAGUCCAGUUUGUAGCCAUGCUGUACCACAGAAUAUACACCCUGAUCCAUUUUGUGGCCUUCCUGGAUACAGAUGCCCUGUCUGAAAAACAAAACCAGGAAAAGCCACUCAAACAGGUCAAAGAUAAUGAAGAUGAUGAAGAUGAUGAAGACGAUAGCAGCGAUGACUUUAUGUUCCCAAGUGUCUUCAGCACAAGCUACCACGGUGGAGCUCUAGUGUAA